GGUGUGGGUGCUGGUCCUGGUGUGGGUGGUGUUCCUGGUGUGGGUGGUGGUCCUGGUGUGGGUGGUGUUCCUGGUGUGGGUGGUGGUCCUGUGUUGGGUGGUGGUCCUGUGGGUGGUGUUCCUGGUGUGGGUGGUGGUCCUGGUGUGGGUGGUGUUCCUGGUGUGGGUGGUGGUCCUGGUGUGGGUGGUGAUCCUGGUGUGGGUGGUGGUCCUGGUGUGGGUGGUGGUCCUGGUGUGGGUGGUGUUCCUACUCUCGGCGACGGACGCCGGCCGUUUAUGGACGACCUUGCGGACCCUCGCUGGGGGGUCUCGUCUUACAGCGCCGGCUGA